AAUUAAGGAGUAAGAGCAGGAUGCACGUUGAUACAUCAAUAAGGAAUAUUUGCAUAUCCCUGAUUUAUGUGAUUAUAUUUUUGAUGUAUUCGUCAACGUCAGAUGCCACCUGUUCAUUGCCUCAAGAUUUGAUAAAUACUGCGUGGGAAUAUAAUUACACAAAAGUAGAAGGCAAUACAGAACAAUCAACAAUUCUCAACAUCGCGACUACAACGCUUCAAAAUUCCGCCAUUAAUUUAGACGCUAAGGGGACAAAAAUUGACGAUUGGACUUGCAUCAAUAGUUUAGAUAUCUCCGAUACAAAGUCAGUUGUUGUUUUCAAAAGUGACAACAGCUUUUCUGAUGGACCUUUCGCAGGAGAUCAGUGGCUAUAUCUUUGUAUGAAAUUAAUAAAAGUUACCACUGAUUUAUAUUACUUUUACCUUUUGUCAGAUACAUUCACUGGCGUUACUCCGAACGAAAGAGUAUUCGUUUCAGAAGAAGGUAAUCCCCCAAAUGACAAUGAUCCAGUUUGUAGUACUUUUUGUCGAUACACAGACCCUCCAAAUAUUCGCACAUUACAAAAACCAGGUACACAUGAUGCUUUGCCUAAUGAUGCUUCCGUGUGUGAACCCUGUGGUAGUUCCUGUAAAGUUUGUUAGUAACUA